GAUGGGACAGCACGUGAGCAGAGCAGCGGUGCAAGCCGCCCCUCGGGGCAAACCGCAGCGCUUCUCUCCGCCCAUGGCUGCCCAGGCCACGGCCCGUCCCCAACCUCAACCCUCAUCCUCUGCGAUGGAGGAGAGAAACCCCUCCUGCCCCGCUGAGGCCAAGGAGAAGGACAAACUCCCCCAGGAGCCCACUGCUGUGCCGCCCGCUCCCCCCUUGGAUGCCUCUGGGCUGCCCAUGUGUGCUGUGGAGCGUUACGCGAUGGACAACAUUGAGGCCUUUCUCCGGAGCACAGAGCCUCAGAAUGAGGAGAAGAAGAUGAAGUUCCUGUGCAGCAUCCGCACAAUCUGCAGCUCCGCAGCAGAGAGGAACACGGUGCAGGAACUGCGCAUCUUCUGCCGCCGGAACGAACUUGUGGAGAACAUCAUGGUGCUGCUGGCAGAGGAGCCGCGGAGAGAGCUGAGCUCCGAACUGCGGCUGCAAGCGGUAGCCGCCAUCACCUCCCUCAGCAAGGUGGAGGGGGCUCUGGAGGAGAAGAUCCCUCUCUUUGUUGUGUGCUUCCGGAGCAUCUUCCUGCUUCCCUCAGAGCAGGACCUGGAUACAAACCUUUACUCCAAGACCCUGAGGGCUCUGGAUGAGAUGCUGCACUCAUUGGUGUUCAUUCACCCCAGCGCCAGCAUCGGAGAGGAGCUGAAAGACGUCUUCCAGGUGCUGCUGCCCUUCACCUCCUUGCAGAGCUCGACCGUGCGCCAGAGGGCAGUGGGGCGCAUCUGGAAGCUGACCCAUUCGCUGGCACAUUACUGCCAGGAGAAGCCCCGUCACUCCUCGGAACAAUCCCCAUCUGCCAGCUAUGACGAGCUCCGCCUGCCCGUGCUGGGGCAGCUGGUGGGAUGCCUCAUCCUGUGCUGCGCUUUUGUCCAGGAGCACAAAACAUGCCGCUGUGCUUUGAGCGCUCUCCGUCACCUCUACAGAUUUGUCCUGUGGAGAAGCCGCUGGGAAGGGCAGCUGGACGAGCAGGGGAAACUGGAGCAGUGGGAAGCCGACCACGAGUUCUCCCUCACCUGGACCACCAACACCACGGUCAUUUUGCUGCGCUUUGAGAAGUACUUCCACUCUUCAGAGAAGACCGAUCUCAUCCUCCUGGCGCUGCAGGGCAUGAGGGACUGCAGCAACUACAACACCCAGGUGGCUUCCACCUUGAUGGCCAUCCUGACGGUUGACUUCAACCCUAUGCCCAAUGAUGUGCAGCGCAUCGUGACGGCCAUCCACAGGAGCAGGAAGCUGAUCACAGAGGAGCAGGCACUGAGGACCAUCCGCAGCAGCUUCGCCUCACUAGCUGCCGCCAACCCUCGCGCAGUGACACUCAGCCUGCUGCGCUGCUCGCCCACCUGCGACAAGGACAUAUGGGAGCUGUGGGAGUUGGCGCUGUCCUCGGUGCAUGCGGUGCCAAAGAUGGUGCAGGCGCUGCUGCAUCAGCUGGAGACCGUGCCGCUGGGCCAGAAGACCGAGGUCGGCGUCCUUCACACGGCCGCGGCCACGGCACUGCAUAAGCUCCUGCAGUACCUGGAGUACGGCCCACAGGUGCGACUGGUUUUCCCGGAGCUCUUUGUGGUGCUCAUCAUCCAGUUGGUGUCCGCCGGGCCGCUAGCUCCGCUGGAGAUCACCGCCAUCACAGAGGACCCAUUCCGCCCAUCUGCGCCCACCUCUGCCAUCAGGAUGGUGGUGGAGACGGCCCACAGUUUGCUACUGUGCGCUGAGAUGGACAACCUGGCGUUCUCCAUGGACACCCACAACCUGUGGGCGCGGCUGCAGGGCGCUGCCACAUGGCAAAACGGCCUGCACUCCCUUGCCAAGGUGAUGCUGAAGAACUGCCGGGAUCAGUGCAGACCCAUCUUCAGACACCUGCAGAAUCUGCUGCAGUACCACCAGCUGCAGUGGAGGGAGGUCCCCGCCAUGGCAUUCUACUUUGAGGUGGGUGUGGAGACGGUGUGGGGGGGUCUCCUUGGGAGGAUGGGCCCCCUCCCGCCCACUGACCGCCACUCAUCGCAGCUGUGGAGCUGCCAGGGGCACCACGAGGAUGACACCUGCCCGCAGAAGAUCUUCAGGAAAUACAUCCGCAGCAAACAGCCCAGGAGCAGAGAGCUGGCGCUGCGCGGGCUGAGGAACCUUUACGCUGGGAGGAUGCAGCUGCUGCUACCCGACGCGCUGCUGUGGCUGCAGGACAUGCGGGCUGACAUCAAACUGCAGGCCAUACAUCUGCUGCAGGACAUUGUGGCACAGCACCCCGCCAGCAUCCGAGGUGUGCUCAGCCAGCUGGCCGUGCAGCUGCUGUCCUGCUUCAAUGAGGACAACGCAGAGGUGCGCUGGCGCUCCAUGGAGCUCUUUGCGCUGCUGCUGGAGGCGCCAGGCAGGAAGCGGCUGCUGCUGCAGGCGGAGAGGAGUCUGCUGCCACUCUUCAUCCACAUGAAUGAGGACAUCCCCAACGUGGCGCAGGCUGCUCAGAAAGCUCUGAUCCACGCCGCCAAGCUCCUGGGCUGGCAGCAACUGCAACGCUUGGCCAGCGCGGCGGAGGUCUGGAUGAUUGCUGACUGUCUGGUAAGGACCCCCACCCUUCAACCCCUCCGGACCCCCCUUGCUCCCCUGCAGAAGGGGGGUCGGGGAGCCAUUCUGCGGGUGCCACCCCCACCAUGCUCUCUGCAGCUUCAGAAGAGGGGCAGAGAUGCGGAGCAGUACCUGAAGGACACGGUGCUGCACCUGCACAGCCCCCAGGUGCCCGUGAGGGACACGGCCGUGCGCUUCCUCGGGCUGCUAGGGCGAAAGCUGAGGAAUGAGAACCGGGAGAAGAUGUCGGACAUCCGUAAAGCCCUGGAGGGAGCCAAGGAGGACAGCGAGCCGACCAUGCGCUGUCUGGUGCUGCAGACACUGCUGAUCCUCAGCGUACUGGAAGAUGUGCCGCCCACCAGGCCCAGGUUGCGCCGAUGGUUCUGGAGAACGUGGAGGGAGUAG